CGCUCAACACAAUUGCUCAAGAGGUACAAAAAAGAACCUGCGCAGAACAAACGAAAAAAAGAUCAAAAUGGCUCAACGAGUUACCUACCGCCGUCGCCUUGCUUACAACACUCGUAGCAACAAGACCAGAAUCAUUAAGACUCCUGGUAACAAACUCCGCUAUUUGCAUAUCAAGAAGCUUGGCACCAUCCCUCGUUGCGGUGACACAGGCGUUCCUUUGCAAGGUAUUCCCGCUCUGCGUCCUCGUGAGUUUGCUCGUCUUUCCCACAACAAGAAGACUGUCCAACGUGCUUAUGGCGGUAACUUGAGUGCCAACGCCGUUAAGGACCGUAUUGUUCGUGCCUUUUUGAUCGAGGAACAAAAGAUUGUUAAGCAAAAGCUUAAGCAAAUGUCUUCCCAAAAGUAAAGGGUAAAGGUUGAGCCGGAAAGCUUUGUCUGAGCUGCUCUAUCUAAAUAACUUCCUUGAUUAUCGGAAAUCAAAUAAGACUGUUUUCGGUGCGUAUAACCUGACAUUGAGUAAUUGAUUGUAAAAUGUAAGCUUAUCCUGUAGAGUUGAUGAAGUAAAUAAAUU